AUGCAGGCGGCUACGGCCUAUGCGAUGCGAGGCCGCAAAGCUGUGAUGGACACCAUCCUACCCUUUAUGGAGGACAAGGCCACAACCGAUCCCGAAAAGGCAUUCCGUUUGAUCGACCACGUGGAGUUUCUGAAGUUCGCAAAGGCUAUGCAGGAGCACAAGACCGAAAAGAAGCAUCAGAGGAUGGCGCUGACGCAAGGGCAUCUGAAGAUUGAGGACCUGUCUGAGUUGAGCGACCAUGAUGACGAUGACAUGGAGGAGCACAUUGAGUUCACGGAGCAGCAAGCAUCGACAGACAUCAAGCAUGCGCAGGCCCUGCCGAGCACGCCGCUGUCCGCGGUUGGCUUGAAUGCGUCUGCUGCUGCUCAUUGGUGCGUGGGGAAGACGGUCGCCCUCUGGAAUCAUGCUCAUCAACACUACAUCCGAAUGUCCAAUUCCCGGAUUGAGAAAGGUGCUAAGGGAUGGAAGAAUGACAUGCCCUACAGCUGGACGUGGGAACGAUUCGUAUGCGUGGAUGUUGGAAACGGGGAGCUUGCCUUCCACAGCACGGAGCACAACCGCUUCCUGCGCCUGAACAACGGGGUAAUGGACAGGAGCAACGAGUGCAGCAAAGACUUCAUUCCCGACAACUGGACUUGGGAGCGGUUCAAGUUGAAGGACAUGGGCAAUGGCCACUUCGCACUGUUUAACCAAGCCUGGAAGAAGGUCAUGAAGAUGGACCAUGGCAAUGCUGUUGUCACCAUCAGUCGCAACAGUGUCAACAGUAUCCCUUCCUCGUGGACAUGGGAGAAGUUUUACAUCCAGGAGGUCUCGCAGGCCCCGGCAUUUUCUUAUUGGUUCAUCACCAAGACGGUUUUCUUGUGGAACGACGCCCAUAAAUAUUAUAUUCGAAUGGACAAAGAUAAGAAUGUUGAGAAGUCAAAGAAGGGCUGGAAGGAUCCCUUCCCUGGCGACUGGGAUUGGGAACGAUGGGUUCCCAUCAUGGCCGGACAUGGCGAGGUCGCCUUCCACAACACCCAGUGGAACCGUUUUCUACGCAUGAACAAUCAGGGAAGAAUGGAUGCGAGCGGUCCUUGUGAUUGGCAUCACCUCAGAGAGGGCAUGACCUGGGAGAGGUUCAAGGUGAUGCAGAUGGGGAAUGGCAACAUUGCCCUCUACAACACGGCACACCGCAGGUUCGUGAAGAUGGAUGGGGGCAAUGGCCUGGUCACCAGCGCACCAAUGGACUUCUGGGAUCUUCCAGACUGGUGGACAUGGGAGAAGUUUUACAUGAAGGAGGUGGGUGAAGUGCGGAGAUGCAAUUUCUGGUGCAGACUAGCAUCGCCAUUCGUGAAGGUUUUCAAAGCCGUUACGAGCUUCGUCACGAAGCUCUUGCAAUGCUUCGGACAGUUCGCCGUCACUGCAAACACGGGCUACAGCCGGGACAUUAACCCGCCCACCGUGGCUGUGAAUGUGGGAAUUUCUGGUGGAGCCCAGUACGGUCUCCAAAGCAUCCUCAAGGGGAAACCACCGUCGGUCAGCAUGGCAUUGAAAAUAGGAGCUGCUGCAGGUUCUGUGACGGCUUGGUCUUGGCUUGGAGUCGGCGUAUCAGUGAGCGUUAGUUGCAAAGCUGCUGAUACCUUUGGCUGCAAGUUCGGCAUCGCAGUUGGCGCCAUCGCAAAGGGCUGGAGGAAGAAAGGGGCUGAUGCACUCGGAUGUGUUUUCGGACCUACUGUCUUCGGUGCUUUUGAGUGCAAAUCAUGUGUUGGCGGCACAAUGCUGCUGUUCUGCUGCUCAUAUGACUUCUUGACGGGCGAUAACUCUUGCCGGUGA